AUGUUUAAUACUAUAGGAGGCCUUCCAGCACAGAUACAAUCGCAACAUUUGAGACCAUUGGCGUAUCGUGUGCUUUCUAAGAAGUAUGGGUUAAGUAUAAAAUCGGAUGGUCUAUCGACUUUGGCUGAUUUCAUAGGUGAAAACUUUGGUAUUGAUUGGAAAUCAAACCCUAAUACUAUUAAAUUCAUGGAAUUAUUUGCUACAAUCUGGAAACAACAGGAAAGAGGCAUUUUUGUUGAUAAAGAAGGUAGUGUGUGUGUCAUUAAUGAAAUUAAAGAAAGAAAUAAGACAAAGGACAACAAGAAUAUUUCUGGUGUUACUUCAAAAAGGCAGGUAAAUCUAGAUGGGUUCAUAACUAAGAGAAACGAUAAUGUAUCUGAAUCUCCCUCCUCGGUCAAUAACAAUUCAUUAUCUCCAGAAACUGAAGAUGAAGACGACGACAGUCAAGUGCUAAAUUCCGAAAUUUCAAUCAAUGAGGCAAAUAUUACCAUCGAAGAGAAAAAACUCGAUUGGAAAGAUUAUUUCAAGGUUAUUAAUGCUCAAUCACAGCAGAAAUUCUCUUAUGACCCAAUAAAAAUGCAAUUAAGAUUCAUGCCACAGAACAAAGCAAAUUUGCCUUCAAUAAAGGAUAAUGUUGAGAUGUUCUCCACGAGAUACAAUAUUGUCAAAGAUAGAGUAAUGAGAAAUGAAAUGUUUCAAGGAAAUGACACGUUCAAUCCGCUAUCUUCAAUGAUGAAAUUAAAAGAAGAUUUAAACAAUGAAUCAAAUUCAAUGAGCUCAUACAUGUCAAUCACCCAAAUUAAGAAUCUGUUAGGUAGAGAUGGUAAAAAUUUUCUUCUAUUGGGCCUCUUAAGAAAAAACAAUAGAGGUAGUUGGGCACUUGAAGAUCCUUCAGGUACAAUAGAAAUUGAUAUAUCACAAACAAUCCCUACAAAUGGCCUUUACUAUUUUGAAGGCUGUAUCGUUCUAGUUGAAGGUAUCUACUUCUCUGUAGGGAACAGAUUCCAUGCAAGUUCAAUGACACACCCACCUGGUGAAAGGCGAGAAGCGACGUUGGAUAAAAUAGGACAUCUGGAUUUAUUGGGGAUACAUGGUUCAUCAAAUGCGAAUUAUAUGGCCAAAUUGGACAAUAAUUUAAAAAUUAGAUUACAUUACUUAGAGAAAGAGUUAGAAGACCAUAGAUUUGUCAUACUAGGUGGUGAUCUUUUCUUAGAUAAGUUUAUCACAUUGGAAGCUCUAAGAAAAACAUUUAAAAAAUUAAAUGAUGAUCCUCCAACUGUAAUAGUUUUCCAAGGUUCAUUCACGUCUGUUCCAGUACACACUUCAGUAACAAGUAAAAGCAUUAGUUCAUCAACACAAUACAAGAACAAUUUUGACACUUUGGCUGCAUUAUUAUCCGAAUUUGAAAAUAUAAAGAAUGAUUCAAUUUUAAUAUUUAUCCCAGGUGCCAACGAUCCAUGGGGUUCAAUGCAUUCAUUAGGUGCUUCCGGCUCAUUACCACAGAAACCAAUCCCAUCAUUCUUCACCCAAAGAAUAAGUCGAGUGUGCAAACGCGUCAUUUGGGGUUCAAACCCAAUGAGAAUUGCAUAUCUAUCACAGGAAAUAGUAAUUAUGAGAGAUGACAUGGCUAGUAGGUUCAAGAGACAUAGCGUGAUCUUCCCCAUGCUAGAAGAAUCCAAAGAAGAGCAAUUGUUGCAAUUACAAGAAGAAAUCGAAAAUAUCUCGAUUGAUAACACUGCCGAUGAAUCCGUAAUAAUCAAUCAACUAGUAAAAGAUAAAAAUCAACUUCCUACUGAAUUGGAACAAUCAAGGAAAUAUGUCAAGACAAUUCUUGACCAAGGUCAUUUGUCACCAUUUAUUACCACAAUACGUCCAAUAAAUUGGGAGUUAGAUCAUACUUUAAGUCUUUAUCCAAUUCCAUCAACUUUAAUUUUCUGUGAUAAUUCUGCUCCCAGGUUUGACAUUACAUAUAAUGGAUGCAAAUCAAUAAAUGCUGGUAAAUUUAUAUUGAAUAGACGUGCAAAAUAUCUGGAAUAUAAACCAUCUUUGAAAAAAUCAAUUCAACAGGAAAUUUAUUUUUAA